UUAUGAUUUAAUAUUAUAUAUUGAUUGGUGUUAAGUGAUAAAAAAGAUCUUAAUUCAAUUUCCGAUUAAGACGCUUUGAAAUGUUGAUAAAGUUACUUUGUUAGUAAAAGCUACCAUUAAAAAAAUCGUGAUGGAAAGAGGUAAAAUGUCAUCGGCAGGCCGUGGGGCCAAAAGUAAGGCCCCGCAACAUCCCCAGGAUAUCUUCGCCCUUGGCAGCAAGUCCACGGUAGUAGUCUCUAGAGAUUCUGAAAAAAGAAAUAUACACAAGCCCUCUACAAGUGGUGUGGAAAGAAAACGAGAAUCAUCAGGGUUUGGUAGUCAGCCCCCUAGCAAGAGAUCCCGUAUAGGCUCACCAGCUGAGACAGUUGGAGGUGCCUCAUUAGAUGUGGAGCCUGUUGAUUUAGUGCCCAAUGUUCUUCAAGCAUUGGACACUCAUAAUUCAGAUAAAUUAUUGGGAUUGUUAACUGGAUCGAUUCGUUUGCUCAAAUCUCAAAGAUCCAAGGCUGAUAUAAUCCUCUGUAUGAGUCUGCUGUACCUUACAAAAAUAAGACCGAACAUGUUUGCCCAUGAGACAGUCACCCAGAGUCUCUGUACAUUGCUGAAGAGAGAGCAAGGAGCCGCUUUCAAAAACAAAGGAAAUCCUCUUAUCUUUGUGUUAGCUUGUAACAUGUUGUACGCAGGACAUAAGGAUAGUUCUAAUUGGCCUGAUACUUUCAUUAAGGUGUACAUUGAGGAUGCCCUCAACGAACGCUGGUGGGUGGACUGCUCCUGGUGCAAGUGUUUUGUGGAAAACAUUGUCACUGCUUUCAACACUAAGCAGCCCCCUUCACAUCUCAUACCUUCCGAUAAUACUUUGGGUACAAUGUCACCAUCAGGGUCGGGCUCACCGCUGAUGGGUAGUGCGGAUGAUGACAACGAGACUGACCUCGAGUACACCGUAUCACCAAGAUACACAAGCAGUUAUGAAACAGUGGAGGCAAUGGUGCUGGAGGCCAUUAAAGAACAAAUACAGCGGCGCACUGCUCCAGACACCAUCGGCAAAGGCUUUCUCAAACUGUUGUCCGCUACAUGUGGAUUCCCUGAGAUACGUAUGAUAGCUGCGUCUCGGUUAGAGGCAUGGCUGCACUCAGGUAAGCUGUGGCGAGCGGCGCAGGAGUUGCUCGCGUAUGUGUGCGCGAAUGCGGCCGCCGCUGGGCCCAGUGCGGCGCGCGACCAUGAGGUGCUGGCACAGCUAGCCCGCAUGCGACUCAAGACUAAACCACUACAGGCUGCAUAUCAAGCCUGUCUGAGGGAGAUGGUAUCAGACAGUCCGGCGUUACUGCGUAGCGUGGUUACCCACACGAUUUAUAAUGAAUUGUCGAAUGCCCGCUCGCCUAACAAUAUGGCCGUACUCGCCGCGUUAGUCCACGCCCAGCCGCAGCUCGUACCUGCCGCCAUUGCGGAAACUUACCAGGAGUUAUUGUUUCGGACGGAGGACUAUCUGAGACCGAUGCGUGCAAUGCUACGCGAAUGCGUACGCGCAGCGCGCUCUGAAACGCAGGCGUUGUUACCGCUUGCUGCCGCGCUCGCAGCGCCCCCGCAACAUGAACCACCACAAGAGAUCCGCGAGCGCGCUUUCCAGUCGUUAGCGGACUUGUUCGCAUGCUGCUGUGUGGUGACGGCGGCGCACAGCAAGCACGCGCCUGAGUACCGCGCGCAGCUGUGUGCUCUGCAGCAGCAUGCGCUUGCCUGGCUGCUUGACACCGCGGUACCUGUCUACCGACCCGCCAGGCAUGACUACCAGCACGCACUUAACAAGAUAAUGUUCGUGGAGGCUGUGGAGGUGUAUAGCAAGGCUGACAACUGGCCGCCGGAGUCGGAGCGAGCUCUCUGCUACAGGCUAUGCUGUGAAGCACCUCUGCCACAGAACACACUUCUCAGACUUAUUUUUAUCGGACUCUCCAAGGAUAUUCCAGUAUCUCCUGCGGAGGUGUUCGAGCUGGUGGAACAGCUGGUGCGGAGAGCGUGCGCGCUGCCAGCUGACGAUCUGCCGCUGCAGGUCGACAAGCUGGAAAUCGUCGACUACAUCUUCCAGCUGUGCCAGUUCCAUCCGCCUGAUAAUAUCACACUACCAGCAGGAUACAGUCCGCCAGCGCUGGUGAUAACAUCGCUGUACUGGCGCGGCUGGAUACUGCUCACAAUGCUUGCAGCGCACAACCCUCAGGGUUUCGCAGAGCGUGCCGCCGCCACCUACCCCACAUUGCGAGCUCUCAUAGAGAUGUGUAUCACAGGUAAGCCCAGUAUAGAGUGGAGUACGAGUGCCGCUGGUGAGGCGGAGCGGCUGGAGGCGGAGCGCGCGGCCAUCCUGCAGCUGGAGACACACCUCGCCAGUGCCAGCAACUCCAAGCUGCCUGUCACGGAGCACACUUCGAGACUGCUCAGUCAGUUAUCAUUGCUGGACGCUCUGGGACCAGCACGACGUCCACCGAGUGGUGUGGCGGAAGCUCUGGCGGCGUUGAGCACACAGCUGCGGCUGGGCCGGCUGCUGUGCCGGCAGCCCGCGCUGCUGCUGCAGCUGGUUGAGAGACAUGGCACACGCCGCGCUAUGCCCUGGCUACACCAGCUGCUGAAGCACGACCAGCUGGAACUCAGUGUGCUGCCGGUGCAAUGCUUGUGCGAGUUCCUGUCUGCGGGUGGUGCAGGGGGUGGUGCAGGGGGCGGGGCUGGAGGUGCAGGGGGCGGGGCGAGCGAGGCGGGCAAGGCGGGCGAGUUGUGUGCGCACUUGCGCCGCACGCUGGCCAGUGAGGAGGGCGCGCGCGCAGUUCUGCACUACUACAUGCAGCGUCUCGCGCACUCGCACAAACACACUCGCGCCGCCGCAAAUAGGGGUCUCAAACUAGUGCUGUCGCAAUCCGAAGAUACCGCGGAGAUGGACUAUAAUGCGGAUGUUAGCCCCGAAGAGUGGUUGGGGUUGCUGUGGCAGUUGCGGCAUUGGGGUGCGGUGAGGGGGGAGGCUGUGGCGCGAGUGCGGGCCGCCUGUCUGGUGGAGUGCGCGCCGCGACAUCUGGCGGCGUACCUCGCCUUCCUUGCGGACCACGUUGAUGCCACACCGGAACUGGAUCAUACGGAUAUCGUGCUUGAUUUAAGCCAAGUGCUGAUGGAGCGUACGACGGUGACCCACUGCGUGCUGCCGCCGGUGGAGAGUCGCGAGGCUGGGGGCGCGCGCGACGACAGACUGCGCGACCAGCAUCGCGCGCUGCACUCACUCACGCGCAUACUGCACGCGCAUCUCAGACAAGCGAUCCGCAGUGGCGUGGAGGAUGAGGAGGAGGAGGCAGAGGGCGGGGAGGAUGGUGGUGAGGGGUGGGGCGGCGGAGAGCGUGUGCUGCUACAGUGGUCGGGCGGCAGACGCGCGCGCCUGCACGUCGUGCUCGUGCACGCGCACCUCAAGCUACUCUGCUACGGACCUUCCAUAUACGACACAAACCAGGAGAUGUACUCGUGGCUGCAGUCAAUGUGGGUGGGUGGUGAGGGCGGGGCGUGGGGUGCGGCGGGGGCGGGGGCGGACGAGACUCUGCUGCCUGAUUGGCUGCGGCUACACCUGGUGCGCUCGGCACGCCCUCCACUGCUGGAGGCGGGCCUGCGCGCUCUGCCUGCACACAAGCUUGCACUCUUCAUACAGACCUUUGGCAUGCCCGUCGCUUCUAUGAGUGCUCUGCUGGGUGCACUGGACGCGUGUCCUGCAGGCGCAGUGGUACGUCUGGGUGUAGAGCGAGGCUACAUGGCGCAGCUGCUGACGGUGCAGCGAGCACGCGGUGCUACUGGUGGUGCGGCCUUCGCUGCAGCACUCGGUCUGCAGCAGCCACAUCUGCCACCAGACGACACACAGUUCGCGGAGGAGGUGUUACCCGAGGAGACAGAGUCAGUGUGGGACAUGGUGGGGGUGGGGGGCGGAGUCUCCGCCAAGCCGCGUCUGGAGCCCGAGCACGUGCCGGGACUGCUGGCCGCCGUGUACGAUGCCCAGGAUUGUCACUUCGAUGUUGACACAGCAUGCACACAACUCAAUGCCUUUAUAGCAGAGGAGGGUAGUCGUGGUGAGGAAGGGCAGUAUACACGAGCCGCGUGCGGUUUCCUGAGGGGUGUGUCGCCGCACGCACUGCCGCGCCGCCCCGCACACUCUGCGGCCUUGUUGCGUACACUACACGCAGCCAAACCGCGAGCACUGCCUGAGAUAGCUAGAUCUCUGCUGUCUGCGGGCAAGUGUGUGUCUGGUGCUGUGGGGGAGCUGUUGCAGGCGGCGGCGGGGGCGGCGCCCGAGGCCCGCGCCCCUCACCUGCCACACAACACCACCAAGGAACACCUCGUCGCAGCACUUGAAGCGACCACGCCAAGGAAUUUGGAGGCGGUUGGUAACCACAUCAUAGAGACUCAGGACACGCAGAUGGUGGUUGAAGUCAUCUCCAUACUGCUGGAGAAGAGUCAAGAGGGGCAUUACGAAACAAAGGUGAAGUGUGAGACUGAGGAGGAGGAGGAGGCAGGUGCACACGUGUUCUCACGACGUGGGUUGGGCUGCGGUCUGCUGCUCGACUGGCUGUCGGAGCUGCAGCGUGAGACCCUCGGCAGACAGAUGAAAUUAAUGUUCGUCGCUGGAGGCGCCCCCUGGCGGCCAUUGUUAGUCACACUACUGGCACACCGCGCUUCCUGGAAGACUCUCCAUUCAUGUCUUACCACUUUGUUGGAACCGCAAGGUGGUUGGUCUGCGAGUGCUGUGUUGGACUUUGCAGCAACGUUGUCAGGAAGUCCUCGUGUAUGGCAAGGUCGAGAUCGCGCAACUCCUAAACACUACGAACCCGAAGAUACGCUGCAGCUCACGCACAAACAGCUGGAAGUACUUAUCGGGUACGUGGGUGCGGAGGGUGCUGCGGCGGGCAGUGUGGAGGAGGCGCGGCGGCGUGCGGAGGCCCGUCUGCCUCUCGUGCUGCGCUGCUGCGGUACUCCGCACGCCCUCCUCGCUGCAGCACUGGCCGCCGCAAGAGACCAUCCCUUACUACUUCUAUUGUUGUACAUGAAGGUGCCAAAGAUAGUGCAACUGAUGCAAGAGAGCGAGGAUCGCGCUGUCAGGGGGGCGCUGCAGUCGCUGGAGGAGUUGGCGGGUGGUGUGGGGGGUGAGGCGGUGCGAGCUGCGCGCGCAUCUACCUGCGCCACCGACCGCGUGUCGCACGCUCUGCUCACCGCACUAGCUGCCGCUCAUCCACACUCUAAAGACCUUACACAAAGAGCUUGGCGUAUAGAAUCAUUGGCGCGUGCACUGUGGUCGCGCGUGCGAGGUGCGGGCACGCGCGCGCUGCCGCUGUGCGGGGCGCUGCUCCGCGGCGUGCGCGCUGAGCACACGCGUAACCCGCCGCACGCGCACCUCCUCGCAGCGCUAGAGGUGCUGCCUGACUCUGACCUCUUCUCUGACCCCGCCAGUGACGAGUUGUACGAGAUCUUGGAGUGUUUCCUGCACAUAAUGCGACAGGGAGAGACGGCCGCGCUGUCGCAGCGUGUGGCCGCGUUGAUGCGCCGCUUCGCCGCCGCUCGCCCUCAGCGUGCUGCCGCGUUCAUGCACGCGCACAGAGACACCAUCGCGAUGGUGCCGGCACUAGUUGGUGCGUGCACGGGCGAGGUAGCUGCACCUGCGUCGGCAGCACCACCCCCACAAGCCCUGCUGGCGUUGCAACGACGAACUGCGCCACCGGACGAACUUGCAACACACGUGCAGGAGAUAGAGGCGUGGGGCGUGAGACGGGGCGGGGCGUGGGGUGGGCGGGGCGUCGCGGAAACACUGCUGCGGGCCACAGCGCCGCUGGCAGCUUCGCCGCAUGGCCCACUGCGCACUGCUGCACUCUCACUGCUCGCCAAGCUGCUGCCAGCUGCACCAGACUCCACGCCCGGUCUUCAAGCGAUCAUGGAAUGUCUAGACUCGAAUCAACCUGAGGUGGCGCAGUCUGCACUUGACAAGAUGUCGGAGCUGAUAGUGGGCGUUCAAGAGCACGCUGGCCGCAUCCUGGCGCGUGUCUUCGAGCUGGGGAUGCGCUCCCGCCUGCCAGCCGAGCUGUGCAUCGCGAGGUGUGUCGCCGCUAUCAAUCUACAGAGAGGUUGCUGAAAAAACCGAUUGCCCGUGUAGAGGCGGGCAAUAAAUCCAAGUGAACAUUGUGAAAGUGUUGUUGAAAUCCUGCUCGAAGGACCAGUAUAUUGAAUAUAUGGAUAGUGACAUUUGUUAAUGAAUUUUUAUAGUGUUAGUAAAAAAACAAAUCUGAUUGAGUGGUAAAAAAAGUAUCAAAUGUUUUAUAUAAAACAAAAUGUGACAAUUAUGGAUUGUUAAAGU